AUGCCCCCUUGCGCCCCUCCCCUUGCCUGCUCCCCUCCUGCUCCGUGCCUCUCAACAACUCCAGCGGUGUCCUUCGGGCAGGCCUCUCCCUUAAUGCGCGCCAGGCAGCACUGCGCUGAGAUCCACGCCUCCCCCUUAAUGCGCGCCAGGCAGCACUGCGUGGAGAUUCACGGGGAGUCGGGGCUAGAUGGGCCUGAGAGGGGGGGAACAGCAACUCACAUGCCAUGCCUCCCUGCUCCCCUCCCCUCGCUCCACCCCCAAUCUCCGCCAGCCGUGUUCUGCGGGCAAGCAUCCCCCUUAAUGCGCGCCAGGCAGCACUGCGCGGAGAUUCAUGGGGAGUCGGGGCUAGAUGGGCCUGACUGGGGGGAGGGAGAGGCGCAGGGGGAGGGGGAACGGGGGAAGGGAAAGGGGGGUGAAGUGGGAGGAGCAGGGAGCAGGGAGGACAGGGAGGAGAGCGGUGGGAGUGGGGAGAGAGGCGAGAGGGAGGAAACGCCUCUAUGGGGGACAGCAGAAGAGGAGGCAGAGGAAGUGGCAGAGUUAGAGCGGGAGACGGGUGGGGGAGGGGUGGAGGGAAGCAGAGAAGGGGAGGGAGAGAUGCGAGAAGGGGGAGAGGGCGGAGAGGAGGAGGGGGAUGUGCCAGCUGUGACUCACAUGUAUCGCCACAUUCGGUGUGCGUUUUUAGAGAGGCAGGCUGCGAUGAGGGAGCGGAAACAGGGAGGAGGGAGGAAUAGCUUGAACGGCGAGCAAGGCACAGGGAAGGAGAAACGAGUCGGUGAGGUCUCUGUUGUCACUGAUGGGAAGGAUGCAGCAGGGAAUGGGAAUGCAGCAGGGGGAGGGGGGGUGGUUGCAGCGGCAGCAGAGGACGGGCCUCCAGCAAAGAGAAGAAGGGAGGAGGACAAAGAUCCAGCGACAGGGUUGUCUGGGGCAAUGGCAGAUAAUGAAAUCACAGAUGGUGUAAUGACAGAUGACACAGUGGCAGACGAGGCAGCGGUGGUAAACGGUGAUCCUCCAGCUGCUGACACAGCCCAUGCUGCAGCCGCUGCUGCUGUUGGCACUGCUGUCGGUACCACUGCUGCAGGUGGUGGGGCUGGGAAGAAGGAAGUGUGGGAGGGACGGCGGGAGAGGGUUGCAUUGGUGUGCACAGGCAGCCUCACCAACGCUGCUCUGCUGCUCACCAUGCAUCCGCAAGUCAAGAGCAUGAUCGAGAUUGUCCUCAUGGGAGGGGCUCUUGGUCUUGGCAACACUGGCCCAGUAGCCGAGUUCAACAUCCAGUGUGAUCCUGAGGCAGCGAGCAUAGUGUUCAACAGCGGCUGCCCGCUCACAAUGGUACCCCUAGAGGUCACACACACGGCCCUGCUCUACCCGUCAGUUGCUGCUCGCAUCUCCUCCUGUCCUCCUCACUGCCCUAUCUGCGCCCCCUCCUCCACUCAUGCUGCUCCCCCUCCUCCUUCCUUAGCAAUCCCAUGCACCUCUGCUGCUGAUGCCACUCCAAGCACUGAUGGUGCUGCUACGGCUGUAGCCGCUACAACGGCCGACGCCAGCCUCACAGCUCCCGCUGCCAGCACUGGCGGAUGCCUUGGCUGCUACAGGGGGAGAAAACUGCGGCAAACAGUCUCAGCGUUAAUGCACUUCUUCGCCCGCACGUACCUCGAGGUCUUUGGCUUCCAACACCCACCCCUACAUGACCCCUGUGCUGUCGCCUUCGUCAUAGCUCCAACCCUCUUCAAGACGGAGCAUCUCCGAGUAGACAUCGAGACCAAGAGUGAG